UAAAUUAUCCACCCCCCUCUCCCUUCUCAACCUCAUCGUCAUCGCUUUGAAAAGAACCCAAAUUCCUCUCCAAUUCCCUCUCCAAUUCCCUCCUGUUACUUGGCCAAAAUCCUAUCAAAUCAAGCGAUGCAACAGGGAGAUUACACUUCUUAUUAUCAAUACCCACACCUCCAAAACCCCAACCCCAACCCCAACCCCAACCCUAAUCCUCCUAUUGAUCAUCACCAAACCCCUUACGCGUCCGCACCUCCUUUCUCCUCCGGUUACACCCCCUCUGAUUACUCCAUUUAUCCUCCAAAUUACCCUCCUUAUCCCCAAAAUCCCGAUCCUGUCCCUCCGCCUACAGCCCCUACAUUCACCCCAACACCACCACCACCACCACCACCAAACCCUAAUAAUUCACAACCAUCCUUUAACCCACCACCUCCACCACUACCACAACAGCCACAGCAACCACCGUCUUUUCCUCCGUACGAUUCUCAUGGGUCCUACCAACCUCCAGCAACUCAGCAAUCUUAUUUCCCACCGUUUGAUCAACAUCAAACGGUUCCCAAUUACGCUCCUCAACCACCGCCUCCUACCUCACUAGCACCGAAUCCUUCCGCAACAACCAAUUCUCCAUACUCCUCGAUGUACAGUGCGCCUUGUAAUCCAAGAGGAUCAUCAGUGCCGCCCGUAUACGAUGCUCCAUAUGAGAAUCCGAUAAAAUACGAUCAGAAUUUCGGGUAUUUUGACGGUUAUAAUCGGAGCAGGUCCGAUACAGGGUCGGAUCUAUAUGGAAAGCGACCUGAGAGCAGAUAUGAUAUCGGUGGCGGUCGUGAUGAUGGGUAUGGAGAUGGUGUUUAUGCAUAUGAAGGAGGGAAGGUGGAGCCUUAUGGCGCGCGAGGGACAGCGCCAAAGUCAUCGACCUGGGCCGGGUUCGAUGAUUAUGGGAGAUCGAUUAGUAUUCCUUCUGGAAAGGACAAUUCAUUGCGGCCUGGUUCCGGUUCAGGAAAGAUUGUGAGGGCAGUACCGAAGGCGGAUACUCAGGAGGAUGCUAAGAGUGGGGUCCAGAAGUUUAGGGUCAAGCUUUUGGCCGAAAGUGGAGGGCAGAGUACCAUGGAUGUGCUUUGCCAGAUUGGUUUGGAUGGAAUUCGUAUGCUCGAUCCUAAUACCAGUCGGACUUUGAGAAUAUAUCCUCUUGAGAACAUCACAAGAUGCGAUAAAACGGAUUCAUCUACCUUCGCAUUUUGGUCCAAGAGUUCUGUGGAUAUUGACCCAAGACGUAUUAGACUGCAAUCAAAUAGUUACACCACCAACACCCUUCUCGACACCGUGACUGCUGCAACUGUACAGUUCAAGGAAAUGGGUGGAAGAAUUAGGCCUUCUGAUACUUCAAAGACAACUGAGCAGCCUACAGAGAAGAAGAAAGGGCUUGGUGAUUGGAUGAACUUGAUAAAGCCAGGCAGUGAGGAGAAAGAUCAUUGGGUCCCUGAUGAAGCUGUUUCAAAGUGUACAUCAUGUGGAACAGAUUUUGGGGCUUUUGUUCGCCGGCAUCACUGCAGAAACUGCGGAGACAUUUUCUGUGACAAGUGCACCCAUGGAAGAAUUGCUCUUACUGCUGAUGAGAAUGCUCAGCCAGUUAGAGUUUGUGACCGAUGCAUGGCAGAAGUGACUCAGAGGCUGAGUAAUGCUAAGGAAGCAGCUAGCAAACCUGCAUUUCAUAGUCAUGAGGAUCUUGCCAGGAAGCUCCAGGAGGAGAUGGAGAAAAAUCGAAAGUCAUCAUCAGGAUCCAAGUCUGAUGGAUCUGGGAGGCGGAUGAGGGAAGUUGCCUGUCCAACUUGCACUGUCCAUUUGCAGGUCCAGGUUCCCAGCUCAGGUUCAGAAACCAUCGAGUGUGGAGUAUGUCAACACCCGUUUCUUGUCAGUGCUCACUGAUUCGAGCAUAGUUUUCUGAUUAUUGGAGGUGCCAAUUCCUCGAGGAUGGAAUGCUAGCCUAUCUGGGUUGAAUUGCUUGUUUACCCUAGUUUAGGUCUCUGCUGUAAAAUGGAAUUUGGUAAACUUUGUAAAUGGCUAUAUUAUUUCAUUUUUCUUGACCUUUCGUGUCGUGGAAAUAUUUUGCGCCUGAGUUUCUACGGGUUUGUAAUUUACAGAGUGGGUUUGUAAUUUGACUGCCCAUGAUUACAAUAAAAUAGUAGACUAUUUGUGAUUUGAA